AGUUGAAUUUGUGACUCGUUUGCGGUUAGAUGUGUUUUCGUACGCGGGAUGCGCCUCUUGUUUUGUGAUGUGAUGAGAAAUAGUUCAAUCACAGGCAGUGCAAAAGAUUAGCAUUUCUGAUAAAAGUGAAUCUGAUUGUGCGAAAAGUGCGUGAAGUGAUGCAGUGACGAUUGGUGAGGCAGAAUCUCAUAGGAUUAUACUUUUUGGACGACAACAAGAGUCUGCGGAGGAGCUUAAAAGGCACCCUUGUCAAUAUGGCUGGUCCAAUUUUCGAGGGUCGGAUGGGUUCGACACCGGAUAAAGGAGUUCCUGAUAUGACAUGCAUAUCGGAUAUUGAUGAAAAUGGCAUCAAUCGUAAUCUCAAAAUACGAUAUCAACGAGAUGAGAUUUAUACGUAUACUGGAACUAUUCUUGUUGCUGUAAAUCCGUACAAGGAAAUCGACUGUUACUCCACGGAUUUUGUGCUGAAAUACCAUGGGCAGAAAUUGGGGAUAUUAGAACCCCAUAUUUUUGCCAUUGCUGAGGCAGCAUAUCGGAAUCUCAAGGAGUACGAUAGGAAUCAGUCUUGUGUUAUAUCUGGUGAAUCAGGUGCUGGUAAAACCGAGACGACAAAAUUUGUUCUUCAAUACCUGUGUUCCGUCACCUGCGAUGUAUCAACAUGGGUGCAACAGCAAAUUCUCGAGGCGAACACCAUUCUUGAGGCAUUUGGCAAUGCAAAAACUAUUAGGAAUGAUAAUAGUUCGAGAUUUGGGAAAUUUAUGCAGGUAUGCUUCGAUGCAAAAUGGUGCAUAAAGGGAUGUAUCAUUCAGGAUUAUCUAUUGGAGCAAUCUCGAAUAACAUUUCAAAGUCCUGACGAGAGAAAUUAUCAUGUUCUCUAUCAACUUGUUGCUGAAGGAAAGAGUAAUAAGGAACUGUCGGAUGUUCUACAUCUACGUGAUCCAUCCUUCUAUCGCUACUUGAAUGCAUCUGGUAAUGUACAAAUCGAUAUUUCAUCGGAGUCUCGUCGUUUUGAGGCACUUAGACUUGCAUUCACUGUACUACAAAUACCGCAGCCUAUGGUUGAUGGUAUCUUUCGUGUACUUAGUGCCAUUUUAUGGUUGGGAAAUCUCAACUUUGAGGAUGUCGAUGGGGAGAGGUGUGAGCUGGCGACUGAGGACAAGCAAAUAAUUGCCAUUGUGGCUGAACUCAUGGGAUUGCAGGAGAAUGAUGUGAAACAUGUCGCUCUUAUGCGACAAAUUAAUGUACGAGGAAAUAUUACGGAGAUCCCAUUAAAAGUUCAAGAGGCACGUGAAAAUCGACAUGCUAUGGCCAAAGCACUGUACUCGAGAACCUUUGCAUGGCUCAUUAAUCACAUCAAUACAUGCAUAAAUCCUGGCCAAGAUGCUACUAGAUUUCUCGGAGUGUUGGAUAUAUUUGGAUUUGAGAAUUUUGAUGUAAACUCCUUCGAGCAACUCUGCAUCAAUUAUACCAAUGAGAAACUCCAUAAAUUCUUCAAUCACUAUGUCUUUGCGCUUGAACAAGAAAUUUACAAACAGGAGGAGAUAAAAUUUUCCCAUAUCCAAUUCACCGACAACACGCAGUGUCUGGAAUUGAUUGAGAAACCACCACGAUGUAUUCUGAAAUUGCUCACAGAGCAAUGUCAUAUGCCAAAGGGUUCAGAUACGGCCUAUUUAACAAAUUUGCAUGCUGAAUUCGAUGGACAUGCGCGAUAUGUAAAGGGAGCCGAUCGUCGGCACUGGGAGUCAGAAUUCGGCAUAAAGCAUUAUGCGGGCUGUGUGAGUUACACUGUAAAGGGUUUUGUGGAUAAAAAUCGCGAUGUUCAGCAGGAUGUUCUCUUUGACUUUAUGAGCCGAAGUACAAAUGCAUUUGUUCAGGAAAUGGUCACUUACCAAGAUCUCCUGUCAAUGCAAUCACAACCACCACCACCGCCACCUCCAAUUCCGGGUGGUGGUGUCGUGCAGAAUGGUCCAUCAAAUGGUCUGGGAACAGUUCAACGGGGAACGUCCAAAGGGAAGCUGACGGUGAGUGAUACUUUUAGGCAACAGUUACAGGCUCUUGUGGAUGUACUUCAGAGUACAAAUCCAUGGUAUGUGAGAUGCAUAAAGCCGAAUAUGCAGAAGCUGGCCAAUGACUAUAGUGAUGAAAUGGUGCUGGAUCAGCUGAAAUAUCUGGGAAUGUUGGAUAUAAUACGGAUAAGGCGAGAGGGUUUUCCUAUUCAUAUGACUUUUGAUGAAUUUGUUCACAAAUACCAGUGUCUGACGAAACGUUUUGGUCGGAAGAGUAGUAAGGAGCAGGUGAUGUCUGUGAUAAAGGAGCUCAAUGUGCCAUCAACUGAAUGGCAAUUGGGCAAGACAAAAAUCUUUCUGAGGAGUUUGGUGCAUGAACCACUUGAGGAUGCAAGAAAACAGGUGAUCAAUGGUAAGGCAUUGAUCAUACAGACGUCUUGGCGUCGUUUUACGGCUCGCAAGAAGUAUUUGCGUGUGAGAAAUGCCACCCUGAGGAUUCAACAUGCGUAUAAGGGAUGGAAGUCACGCAUUGAAUUCCUGCGGCUGCGACGGGCAGCUAUUGUGAUUCAGAGUCACUUGCGUGGGGUGUUUGCACGUGAAGUGGCGGCAGCACUGCGUGAGAUGAGGCGUGUGGAGGAGGAGAUGAGGAAGCGGGAGCGUCUCGAGGCGGAACGGAAGCAGAGGGAGGCUGAAUUGUCGGCACAGCAGGCUGAAGAGGAGCGACGUGCACUCGAGGAGUGCGAAAAGGCGGUUAAGCAGGAAAUGCUGGCACUAUCACAGAUGGCUGAACAAAUUAAUUCAAAAUUCAAUCACAAUAAGGAGGAUAAUUCACAGAUCAAUGGAAGUUACCAGUCUUCGAGUAAUCAGAGUAGUGAAUCAGUGGAUUUGGAUAAUUUGUUUGCUUUUCUGAGUGAGGUAACGCCUAAUUCUAAUGUUAAUGCACUGAUUGAUGAGAUUGGGGAGAAGAUGGACAAUUUGGUGGAGGAUUUGGAUGUGGAACUUGAGACGGUGAUACAGCAAGAGAUGGAGGGAUUGGCUCUGGAACGACCGGAAAAAUUGUCUCCAUUGCCUCCGCCACCACAAAUGCCACCACCGGGAAUUCCUGCUCCUCCUCAGAUGUCCACUGGUGCCAAGGGAAUGGGUGUACCGUCUCUGCCGGAACCAACAAUGCCUCCACCACCUCCACCGCUUACCAAUGGUCCAGCUCCACCAGCACCAGCUCAUGUGCCCAAGAUCACAGGGAUUCUGCGGAAUCGUGGCUCAGAGCCGAUUUAUGAGGCACUGAUUGCUCGAGAGGAGCUACCAACGGUUCCGGAAUUGCCUGAACCACCGACUAACUUUGCCGAGAGCACCAAUCACAAAUUGAGACCAAAGAGCCCGGCAAUUGCUACCGUACGCUCUGCCAGUCCCGUUCAGCGGUCUUCCGGUGGACCCCUGAGUCCAUCAUCGCCUAAGCACAGUCGCCCAAGUUCCAGGGCUUCCUCCACUGGUGGCAGUGGGCAUCCACAUGCUGAGCGGGAGCAACGUCGGAAGUAUCGGGUGGAGAAGAAGUUACAGGAGAUGCAUCAGAUGGAUGCCACAGAGAGGGAACGGGAUGCUCUCAGGGAUGAUAUUUACUAUGAUAUUCUGGAAUUUGCCGAAAGCAAUUUCAACACUCACGAAAGAUCACCCGAGGGCACAAUAAUGGCUACACUGACACGCAAGGGACGUGGAAAGGGAACUGAAGCUGUUGUGCCGAAGUACGAGAUGAUUACUUACUACCGUGGCACUUCCAUUCCCACUUCUCACAUUCACAUGUACGAUCCCGAGAAUGUCAGUGUAGCGUGCACAAUUUUCCGGGAUCUCUGCAAGUAUACGCGUGGUGAGCUCAACACUGAACGGGAGUUGCAGGUGAUUCAAUUCAUAAUUGGACAGGGAAUCGAGCGUGAAGAGCUGCGAGAUGAGAUUUUCGUGCAAUGUAUGAGACAGGCUACAAAUAAUCCGCAUUCUGAGUGGACUGAUCGUGUUUGGCUUCUCAUGUGCCUCACAAUUGUGGCUUUUCAACCCAGCAAAUUACUCUUUAGGUACUACGUGAGCUUCCUGAAGAAGAAUCUUGAGACAUUGGAUGGAAAAUUGCGUCAAUAUGUUCAAUGGUGUUUGGAUAAUUGCAAAUACACCAAAGUAUCGGCCAGAUUGUAUCCACCAUCGAGUGUGGAAGUUGCUGCAAUGCGUCGUUUGGGAACAAUUGUAUGUCGCUUUUUCUUCUUGGACGGUCGCACAAAGGCCAUUGAUGUCCAUCCGACAGACACAGCAAGUGAUGCCGUGGCGAAGUUGGCGGAAAAGCUGGGACUCUGCAAUACAGAAGGUUGGGCCAUAUAUCAAUCACGUCCCGAUGGGGAGGAACAUGUAAAGUCCCACGACUAUCUCUACGACAUUAUUGCAGCGUGGGAAGUAAAACAAACAAAAAUCAAUACAACCAACUCAACACUUCGGAGAAAUGCUGCUACUCUGGGUUCGGGUGAGAAUCGUUUUGUCUUCAAGAAGCGCCUCUUCAAGUCCACCAGGGAACUUUCGCAGGAUCCCAUUGAAGUGAAUAUGCUGUAUGCUCAGGCAGUUUAUAGUGUUGUGAAGUGUGAUGAUUUUCCGGUGAGUGAAAAAGUAGCCCUUCAAUUGGCAGGAUUGCAGGCACAAGUAGCCCUCGGUGAUCCGUCUAGUCAACCCAAACCGGAGUAUUAUACCGAUGUGGCUAGCUAUUUGCCAGAUAGAAUUUCAAAGACGCGAGAAGAGCACUUCUGGGUGCCAAUUUUGGCUCAAGCUCAUCGUCAGUAUGGAGCUGGAAGGACUGAAUUGACAGCAAAAGUUCUCUAUUUGUCCUGUGUCAUGCAGUAUCCACUGUAUGGGACAACAAUGUUCCCAGUUACGUAUCGAGGAUACUGGAGUUAUGGGAAUAAUUUGAUUUUGGGGGUGAACUGUGAGGGAUUGAUAUUGAUAAAGCCAGAUGAUAAGUUUGUUCUGUAUGAAUUUCGGUAUCACGAUGUGGAAUCAAUUAUGUUGGAUCCCAGUGAUUCUUUUAUUACCAUCUCACUAAAUCGCUUGACAAAUGGCUCAACAGAUCAACAGAGGUGUUUUGUCUUUGAGACUGUGCAAAAGAAUGAAAUUGGUUCACUUAUUGUUUCGUACUUUCCGGCUCUGUCCAAUUGGAUAACGGAAAAUGAGGUCCCGGUGAGGAAACAGAAGGGAAUUACUAAUGAAGAUCGUGUGAGAUUGCAUCACAAUGUUGUGGUUUGUCGGAGGCAUUUGGUGGAUGCGGAAUUACUGAGGAAACCUCAGGAUUCCAGUGGGGGAUUUCUCAGAAAUACCCUGAGACGUUUGUCUAAGCACCGACUGGAGAAAUUGCGUGCUGAACAUGGGAAUGCUGUGCAGGAUCAUGGGGAAACUUAUAAGGGUUUUCCACAUGCCUAUUGGGCUUUCAGUCGACAACCGUUGCCACAGAGUUUGAGUAAAUUGCCUGAUGCUGAGGAACAAGCAAUGUUGCAGAUUUUCCAGGCUAUUCUCACGUAUGCUGGCCUUGGACAGAGUGGAGAAACGAUUCAGAGGGCUGAAGAUGAACACAUUACGCUCAUUCAGUCUAUCAUGGAGAGGUGCAUGAGGAAGGAAUCUCUGCUCAAUGAAUUGUACUUGCAAUUGGUGAAACAGACAACAGAUCAUCCAGAUCCUAAUUCAAGAGUCAAUCUGCGACAUUGGGCACUCCUAUCACUGGCAUGUAGUGUAAUUCUGCCACCGCAGAAGGUUGUCCGGAAGUAUCUGAUUGCUCAUCUCAAACGCUGUUCGUCAGAUUACAUCACGGAGGAGGGGAAAUAUGCACGUUUUGCAGAGAAAUGCUUUUUCAAGACUCAAGGCACCCGACGACGACAAUGGCCACCGAGCCGUGAAGAGAUUGUCUGCACAAUUAACCGUCGUCCAAUCUAUGCAAGAUUCCACUUUAUGGAUGGCCAGUAUCAUUCAGUGGAAUUCCAUCCGAGUUCCACGGCGCGUGAAGUGAUGGAGUUGGUGAAGAAGAAAAUUGGUCUGCAGGAAAAUGCUCAGGGAUAUGCCAUCUAUGAAGUUCUAGGUGCUUCAGAUCGUAGUUUGCUGCCGGAUGAGAAGGUUUCAGAUGUGAUGUCCAAGUGGGAAAAAUACCGAACAGCAGCAGCUCAAGCUAUUCAGCAAAAUCAAUCGUCAAAUUUGGCUCCGGCAUGUCGACGACAGCAUCAUUUGUUCCUGUUUAAGAAACAUCUCUUCCUCAAUCAUUACAUGAAUUUGGAGGACCCAGUGGAGAAGGAAUUGCUCUACCAUCAAGUACUCCAUGGAUUGCGAACUGAUCGAUUUCCCAUUUCUGAAAUGGAAGCGAUCAUGCUGACUGCACUCCAGGCUCAGCUGGAGUUGCGAGACUGUGGCGAAGUACUAAAUGACUACCGUGCCAUAGCUGGACACUGCCUCCCGCCGCGUUAUGUGCCGAAUAUUCCACAUGAAGCCGUGGCGAUGCACCAUCAGAGUCUCAAAGGAAUGACACCAGCCGAAGCUAAGAAAGCCUUCCUCAAUCUCAUCCAGAGUUGGCCACUUCAUAAGGCUACAAUAUUUGAUGUGAUGCAAUCUUUCACAUCGAAUUGGCCAAGAGUUCUCUGGCUGGCUGUCGAUCAGAAUGGAAUUCAUCUGUUGGAGCAUCGAUCACGGAAUACACUCUGUACUUAUGAAUACACAUCGAUUCUCUCGUACUCGCCAAACAUGAAUUGUCUCAUGAUCAUCACGGGAUCGGACAAGAAACAAUCCAAAGUUAUCCUCACUACUGCACAGGCCUUCCAGAUAGCGAAUCUGAUCAGGGAAUACACUGAAGUGCUCCAGGCGACAAUGGAGGAGGCCCUAAAGGACGGUGGUCAUGUUAUUCAGCCCAUGAAUUCCCAUCCACAGCAGAUGGCUCCAAAAGGGGCUGGAGAUGUGAGAAAGACUGCAGCUGGGACGCGACCUCAAUCAAUGUUACUGAGAAAUUCAGCAGCUGCAGUAACUCUUGUGGCUCCACAGCCCAGCUAAAUGAGGCCACCACGUAAGAAGGUUUGAAAAAGAGAAAAAAAUGCAAAAAUUUAUCCAAAAAAAUAUUGAAAAUUAUUGCUGCUAAAUUAAUCUCCAUAUUUAGAUAGAAAUGUUUGUUGAUCGACUGUCUCCCAAUCGAUUCUUCUGACGUCUAAAAACAGUGAGGAGAACAUUAUUACAGGUUGAUAGUUGUUAAAAUGAUAAAGAGAAAAAAAAACAAGUAAAAGGAACAAGUAUCUUUAUAGAAAUCGAUUUUACCAAUUGAAUAUCGCGUUGCACAAUAAUUUUAUGAAUAUUAAUGAGAAAAAAUAGGUAUUCCAUUUUAUACUCUCUUUUUUGUCACAAAGGGAAAUUUCUUUUUUACUCGAAGAACGAAAACAAUUUUAUUACUCAAGAAACUUUCCACAAUUAAUUGUGCUUUUUCAGGAAAUUUUUUUUACUACAUCAUUUUACGCAAAACAAAUUUACCCUUAAAAGAAAAUACUCCUAAAUUGAUAAAGAAAAAAAGGUAGAUGAGAAAAAUAAAAUUAUAAUUGUUAUCAUACCGUUCUAUUGCGGUUAUGCGUUGCUAAGUCAGAUAAAUCUAAAAAAAAAUAAAUACAGCAAGAGUUUUUAAUUGUGCGCUGAGAGAAAUUUUAUAAUUUUUGUACAUAAACUUACAAAUUUUAGUGAGCAAAGAAAACUUCCGUUGGUAUUUGUGGAAAGAAAACAAAAAAAAACUAUUUAGAGGAACAAUCAUAAAAUAAACUUUUCUCUCUAUUCACACAAAAAAAUGAGCAAUGGUAUCAACACUAUUGAUAAGAAAUAUUUCAUUAAAAAGCAAACAAAAAAAAUGAUAAUUACUCGCAAAAUAUUUUAUGAGACAGAGAAAAUUUCCAGAAAAAAAGUGUAUAAAAAUAUUUAUUUUAGUGAUUCGAUUUUGAAUGACUUUUUGGAAAAGGUAAAAUAUUUUAGAUAGCUAAAUUGUAUUUAAUCUCUCAAGAGAAAAUCAGUUUUAUUUCUGACUUUUAUAUUUUGCAAUUUGAGCAAUAUUUUCUUGACCUUUUUCUUUCACCAUCAGUAAAUUAAAUACGAAAUACAUUCAAUGCAAAAUAAAAACGAAAUGCCCUAAAAAGGAAUCAAAAGUGGGACUCAGGCCAUUUGUUUUCAAUAGGAAAGAAGAAAAAAAUGUGCGAAAAUUCUGGAGAAAAACUCCAAAAUAAACCGAGAAAUAAUGUCUUCAAUGUGAGAAACAAUAAGAUUUUGAAGAAAAUUGUGUACCAAAUUUUAUUGUCACUACCAAAUUUAGAUGAAUUUUUAAUGAUUUUUUUUGUAAUCUUUUGUAUAAAUAAUUUAUUUUGUAUUUUCUAUCUUCAAUUGAUGCCCUGUAAUUUUAAUUAUUUCCAAUUUUGCGUCAUUUGGCGCGAGUGUAUUUAACAAUUAUACAAGAAAACAUAUUUAGAGAGAUAUUGUAAAUUUAGUAUUUAAAAAAAUAAAAAUUAUUGUAUCUACAAA